AUGUGGAUGCUCAUUUUCAGUGGCAUUGGUGGCGGGUUAAAAAUGAUCAUGAAGACACACAAGCGCAAGCUCCAGCCGGAUCAGUCUUCAGAGGAUUCCCCAUGCAGUGGUGCAGUAGCGUGGGAGAAACAACGGCAAUUUGUGUUCAGCGUCUCCUUGCGCAAAUACCGUCGGGACCAGGAGCUGCCCGAGCCCAGCCUACGGAGGUCAGUCCUUAUUAGCAACACGCUACGACAGGUAGAAGCGUGUUUGGCGUCGCCGCCGGAGAACAGCUCGCCGUCUCCUGCCAAGCAUCAACGUAUGGCAGAAGCCGAGGACUGGACGUCGCUGUCAACAGACCCAGAUUUUGGCAUCACGCCCGCCGUCUCGUCUAUUCUCAGCGGGUUGGACUCUGAUGCGUCGCCGCGAGCGGCGCUGCGGUCCCUGGAGAACCUCCAAUCCUGCCCGGACACCGGCAUGUCGUGGCUGAAGCAGCAGGUCCGAGGCACGCACGGCCAGGACCUGAUGGAGUGGGAGGCCGGCGUGGAGGCGGCGCGUUCCAGCUACCUCAAGGACGUCACGGCCGAAGACAUGUUCCAGGACAUAGACACAUCCCAGUUGGAGAGUGACGCGGCCGCCCUCAGCCUACGGGCCGAGGAAAUCCCGUAUCACGGCGCAAAGGGCCUGCCGUCCUUUUCUUCUUUCAGCUCGCCGACGACGUCCCUCAGGGACGGCUUGGAUCUGGAGCACUUGGUGACUAUGCUGGUCGAAUCCUGA